CCCCCGCCUUCAUACCUUUAGCAUGUUCAAGGAGGAAGAACAAAAGACUUGCGCCAUUCUUCCAUCGUCGAAUCUCCACUUAACAGACGGGUUAGCCCAAUUGACCUUUCCUUUAUUUGGUCAGGUGGGCCAUUAUGACGAUCGUUUUGCGAGGAUGCUGGUCUACGGUUUUAUCUGUGACAAUGUAUAUACGGAUACUAUAGCUGGAGGUGGUUGGUGUAUG